AUCGGCUGCCAGCUAUCCGGCGCCACUGCAGCUCCUCGAUUUAAGGCAAUGGCGUCGCUCACCGUGAAGGCAUACCUUUUGGGCAAGGAGGAUGCGGCCCGCGAGAUCCGCCGCUUCAGCUUCUGCUUCAGCGCCGAGCCCGAGGCGGAGGCCGAGGCUGCGGCGGGCCCGGGACCCUGCGAGCGGCUGUUGAGCCGGGUGGCCGCCCUGUUCCCGGCGCUGCGUCCGGGCAGCUUCCAGGCGCACUACCGCGACGAGGACAGGGACCUGGUUGCCUUCUCCAGUGAUGAGGAACUGAUGAUGGCGAUGGUCUAUGUGAAGGAUGACAUCUUCCGCAUUUACAUUAAAGAGAGGAAGGAGUGUCGGCGGGACCACCGCCCGCCGUGUGCGCAGGAGGCACCCCGCAGCAUGGUGCACCCCAACGUGGUCUGUGAUGGCUGCAGUGGCCCGGUGGUGGGGACCCGGUACAAGUGCAGUGUCUGCCCUGACUACGACCUCUGCGCCAGCUGUGAGGGGAAGGGCAUGCACCGCGAGCACAGCAAGCUUGCCUUCCCCAGCCCUGUGGGGCUUCUCUCUGAGGGCUUCUCUCACAGCCGCUGGCUCCGGAAGCUGAAGCACGGGCACUUUGGAUGGCCUGGCUGGGAAAUGGGCCUCCCUGGGAACUGGAGCCCUCGCCCUCCUCGGGCGGGGGAAGCCGGCUGCAGCCCCACAGCAGAGUCUGCUUCAGGUCCAUCGGAGGAUCCCAGUGUGAACUUUCUCAAGAACGUAGGGGAGAGUGUGGCGGCUGCCCUCAGCCCCCUGGGCAUCGAGGUGGAUAUUGACGUGGAACACGGAGGGAAGAGAAGCCGCCUCGCACCAGCGUCUGCAGGCAGUGCCAGUGCAGAGGGCAGGCGCAGCUCUUCAGGCCCCAGCACACCCGACGGGGUCGUGGAAGGACCCGUGCAGUCUCUGGCCGAACAAAUGGACAAGAUAGCCCUGCAGUCGGGCACACAGCCUGAGGAGCAGAUGGAGUCGGAUAACUGCUCGGGAGGAGAUGACGACUGGACCCACUUGUCCUCAAAAGAGGUGGACCCGUCCACAGGCGAACUCCAGUCUCUGCAGAUGCCUGGCUCGGAGGGACCAAGCUCUCUGGACCCUUCCCAGGAAGGACCCACAGGGCUAAAGGAAGCCGCCGUGUACCCACAUCUGCCGCCAGAAGCUGACCCCCGGCUCAUUGAGUCGCUCUCCCAGAUGCUGUCCAUGGGCUUCUCUGAUGAGGGCGGCUGGCUCACCAGGCUCCUGCAGACUAAGAAUUACGACAUUGGGGCUGCCCUGGACACCAUCCAGUAUUCAAAGCACCCGCCGCCCUUGUGACACUUUGGGCUUGCCUGUUAUCCGUCCCCUUUCUUGUCUCAUAGUUGUUGAGCUAGCAUACAACCCAGGCCUCAGCAAGGGCCAGUGUCUCUGCAUUCUUCUUUCAGAAUUGGGGGUGGGGAUGCAUGAAGCCAUUUAGGGCAGUAGGACAAGAGUCAUGAGGAGGGAGUUCCAAAUGUGCUGAUGUCUGAAGAGCAUUUCCCAGCGUCCCUUGGGUGCCUAGCUCUCAUAUCCAGCUUGGGCUGGGAUGGACCCUAGGGCAGAGUGGGGCUCCUAGGGCAGAGCGGGGCUCCUCCGCCUCCUGCCGCUGCUGUCCACCAGCCAGAAUCACACCAGCAGUCUAGAGUGCAUCUUGCCUGAUGGCCUUCUGCUUUUUUUAAAAUGACUAACAGUACACUGACGUAGUUGAUUUUCUGCUGGAAACCUGAUCUGCUCCAAGGUUAGCUGGAAUACAGCCACCAUCCUGCCAGGAAGGAGGCUGUCCUGGAGCGAGUCCCUGAGGGCAGGACAGCCUGGGACGGGCUUCAUGUCUGGGAACAGGCAGGGCUGACGGGAACUGAUGGUGGUCGCUGACCGCUGCCUGUUCCUUAACCAUUACAGUUCCCUGGUUUCCAAAUGUGUCACCUGCUUUUAAAGGAAGAAUAUCCCUUUGUAGCCAUUCUGUUAGCAUAUUUGUAACGCACCUGUAAUUAAGUGAUGUAAGCACUUUACUCAAAGAUGUUGCAACAAGAGA